AUAGUAUUCAACACAAUCAGCACAGGAUUCUUCAAUUGUAUAUGAUUCACACACUUCUUUAAAUAUUAUUAUUUUUGUUUAAUAGAAAAAAUAUGGCCACAUUGGCUUCCUUUUCGUUAAAGAAUUCAGCUGUCAUUCUAAUAUUGCUAUAUGGUUUGACCUUUUCAUUCUCAGUAGUGAGUGCACGACCCACCACUUUUCUACAGGACUUUAAAGUCACUUGGUCUGACUCUCACGUCAAACAACUCGAUGGCGGCAGGGAAAUUCAGCUUGUUCUCGACCAAAACUCAGGAUGUGGGUUUGCUUCCAAAAGCAAAUAUCUAUUUGGACUUGUUAGCAUGAAGAUCAAACUUGUUCCUGGUGACUCCGCUGGAACCGUCACGGCCUUUUACAUGAACUCGGACACAGGUAACAUAAGGGACGAGCUAGACUUCGAAUUCUUAGGGAACCGUUCGGGUCAGCCGUACACUGUCCAGACGAAUGUUUUUGUCCAUGGAAAAGGUGACAAGGAACAAAGGAUCAACCUUUGGUUCGACCCAUCCGCUGAUUUUCACACCUAUACCAUUCUUUGGAACCACCAUCACACCGUAUUCUACAUAGACGAAGUUCCCAUUAGAGUGUUCAAGAACAACGACGAAGCAAGAGGAAUACCAUUCCCCAAAUCCCAACCAAUGGGUGUAUUCUCAACAUUGUGGGAGGCCGAUGACUGGGCAACAAGAGGUGGUUUAGAGAAAAUAAAUUGGAGCAACUCCCCAUUUUACGCAUACUACAAAGAUUUCGACAUAGAGGGAUGUGUAGUGCCAGGACCAGCAAAUUGUGCCUCAGACCCACGUAAUUUGUGGGAAGGAGCUGCUUACCAACAACUCAGCGCUGUGGAAGCAAGGCGAUACCGUUGGGUUCGAAUGAACCACAUGAUCUAUGAUUAUUGCACUGACAAAUCCCGUAAUCCCGUUACUCCACCCGAAUGUAUGGACGGAAUUUGAAAUCUCGAUCAAAUAUUCAUUAUGUAUACAUAUAAAAAUUUGCAUAUAGUCGAGUCAGUAAUUUUCGGAUAUUGGCCCUGUGUAUUUAUGCAUAUGCCCCUAUAAAUGCAUAAAUACAUAUGCGGCAGAUGAAGGGGUAGAAGGGGGAGUUAGGGAAAGAAGAA